AUGUCGUGUCGUCACUGCCACGUGACCUGUCGAUCGCCGGAAUGCUUUCAACGUCACAAACAACAAAAGCAAGACAACAAAGGACGCACCAUCCCCUCCAAGUGUGAGAGUUUUUGGAAAUGUACCAUCUGCAAAAAGAUGCUCGACAGAAGCGAGAGGGAUCCUAAACUCCACACCUGUGGGGAAUGGAAAUGUCCCUGCUGUAACAACUAUGUGGACCAAGGUCAUCUUUGCUACCAGCCUCCCAAAGAACACAUUGAGGUCCACACAAAAUUCAUUUUUUACGAUUUCGAAUGCCAUCAGGAUGAAUUACUUCAAUGCCAGGAAGGUUACCUGCCUAGUGGAGUCUGCCUAACCUGUGCAGGAGACAACUGCAGUCAUCAGUCUCGGUGUCAACAUUGUCAGCAAUCGUGGUGUGGCAAACAACAACACGUGCCAAACUACCUGGUGGCACAGAUGGCCUGUGAAGUGUGCAAACACGAACCAGUCACAGAAACAUCCAAAUGUCAUGCAUGCGGGUCAAGGUGUCCAUGCUGUAACAAACGAGACAAGAAGAAGAAUUUCCUGAAGGAACCAUGUGAACAGACCUGUGGAUUUCGACAAGUCAUCUUUCGAGGCGAUGGAGCCCACAUUCGGUUAUGCCAAUGGCUGUUCCAAGACGACCACAAAGAUGUCACGGCUAUCGCCCAUAAUAACAAGGCCUACGAUGCCUACUUUCUUCUGGAAUACAUGAUUGACCAGUCGAUGUAUCCACAAAAAAUCAUUUACAAUGGAUCAAAAAUCAUGUACCUGCAAGUGGAGAGAGGACUUAACAUCAGGAUUAUUGACAGCUUGAAUUUUCUCCCCAUGAAGCUGGCUGCUUUCCCCAAGGCAUUUGGUUUGACGGAACUGAAGAAGGGAUACUUUCCCCAUUAUUUUAACACCAUAGGAAACCAGAAUUAUCGUGGACCGUUUCCCGAACCUAACAUGUAUGGUGUCAAUUACAUGGGAUCCAAGGAGAGAUCAACAUUUCUUAAGUGGCAUGCUGAACAACAGGGAAUGUUCGACUUUCAGAAAGAGAUGAGGGAAUACUGUGUCUCUGACGUCGCUGUUCUCAGAGAAGCCUGCUUAAAAUUUCAAGCUCUGAUGCUGGAAGCCACUGGUGAAAAACAGAUAGACCUCGAUACCAAAGCUGUCACCUACAUCAAUGGCAUCGAUCCGUUUGCCCAGUACAUCACCAUUGCCUCGGUAUGUAUGGGCAUCUUUCAAAGCAAUUUUCUCAAGAAACAUCAGCAUGUCAAACUUACAGACACCCAGAAAAUCACAGACUGGAUGACGGUCAAUGAGGAUGGAUCCAUCAAGGUGAAACCUGAUUUAUGGCUGACGGAAGAAGAGUUGAGAGAUCGUGGGAUGACCAUCUUCGAGUCUGAAACUGUACCCAGUCCCAUUGCUCAAGUUUCAAGUGAGGGAUACAUCCAAAAAGAUCAGUUCAGCAGAGUGUCCAUCCAGUGGUUGGAAUGGGUUCAACACCAAAAUCAGAACAAGUACCAGAUACAGCAUGCACUCAAUGGAGGGGAACAUCAGUUUGUGAACUCGUUAGAUCUUCAAGACCAACUAAAUCCCAGAGAUUCAUGCUUUGGAGGAAGAACGAAUGCCAGCACGUUACACUACAAAGUCAAGGAACGAGAAGAAGUCAAGUAUGUGGAUUUCACGUCUCUAUACCCUUGGGUUAACAAAUAUUGUCAGUAUCCCGUGGGACAUCCUGAAAUCAUACACAAGGAUUUCAAGCCACUGCAUCAAUACUUUGGAAUCGCUAAGGUGAAAGUUGCCCCUCCUAGAAAACUGUACCAUUCUGUUCUGCCUUACCGUUCCAAUGGAAAACUCAAAUUUCCUUUGUGCAGAACCUGUUCGGAUCAGGAACUACAAACACCAUGCCAUCAUUUGGAUGAAGAGAGGAACAUCAUUGGAACCUGGUGCAUACCAGAAAUUCUUAAAGCCAUGGAAAAGGGCUACCAAGUCAUCAGAGUCUACGAGGUCUACCAUUGGCCUGAAACAACACAGUACAAUCCAACAACACGUGACGGUGGUCUCUUUGCCAAGUACAUAAACACCUUUCUCAAGCUAAAACAAGAAGCCAGUGGAUGGUCCGAAUGGUGUAUAACUGAGGAAGACAAAGACACAUAUAUUAGCCAGUACAGAGACAAAGAGGGCAUACAGCUGGACCGAAACAAAAUCACAAAGAAUCCGGGACUUCGUUCGCUGGCUAAACUGUGUCUGAACAGUUUCUGGGGGAAGUAUGGUCAUCGUCUGAAUAUGAAGCAGUCUGCCUUCAUCCACGAAAACAAUGCAGACGUUUUGUUCCAGAUGUUGGCAGAUCCCACCAAAGACAUCAUCGAUUUCCACGUGUUGACAGAAACCAUUUUGCAGCUUGAAUAUCAACACAAGUCCACCUUCAUCCCAGAAGAUUUAAAAACCAAUGUUUUUCUGGCAACGUUUAUCACUUCAUGGCUGGGUGAAAAUGUGUUGUAUUACGACACGGACUCGGUCAUUUUCGUGGCAAGACCUGGAGACUGUCAGCCCCCUCUGGGAGAUUAUCUCGGAGAACUGACUGACGAAUUGGAUGGUCAGUUUAUCACCGAAUUUGUUUCUGGUGGUCCAAAAAAUUAUGGCUACAGAACCAAUAAAGGCUCAGAAGUGUGCAAGGUGCGAGGUUUUUCCUUAAACUAUGCCAAUGCACAGCUCAUCAACUUUGAAGCUAUCCGUGAGAUAGUCUUGUCACCCACAAGAGAUGCUACCCUUACAGUGACGAACCCAUCCAAAAUUUCACGAGAAAAAAGGAAGAGAAAAAUUUACAACAAAGUUGAAGAGAAAAAGUACAAGAUAGUGUACAACAAGCGUGUCAUUCAAGACAAUUUGGACACUCUUCCUUAUGGCUAUUAA